CAUUUCAUUACAAAUAACGACCGUCUUUCCCCAUCAUACGCUAAGAAUCGCCGUCGACUCUGUCUCCGGGAAACUCCAAAUUCAUCGGAAUCGGGCUCUCCUCCUUCUCCCUGAACGCUCGCUGGAAAUUCUUUCAUUUUCCAAUUCCGGUCGUACGUUUACAAUACAUUUGAACCGAUGCAACGACUCGUUGACAACACCCUCGCCAUCACCAAGGAGUCAGUCAAGACAUUCACUUAUGAGUCAUUGAACAAUUUUGUAAGGCUAAUAAAUGGAGUGUCAGCAUUGUUGUUAACUAUCUUGCCCGGAAAGAAUUCUAUCCUUGAAGGUAUUCAUGGUUGGGAACUGCGGCCAACUUUUCGUGGACCUCGACUUCCACGUUGGAUGGAGAAUGGUGUCUCAUCUUUUAACCAGCUCAUUCAUGAACUUUCUGUUGAUUCUGAUGGCUCCUCAAGUUUGGAUUGUUCAUCUGAAGAAGAAGAAGAAGAAGAUAGUGGUGAAAAUGUUUGCCCAGCAACUCCAUUAUCACAAAGUUCUCGAUUCUCCAGAGCAAGCAGUUUUAACAAGCAUAGGAGGCGGCACUGGCUACAUUGGAUCAGAUGCAUCUUUUCAUGGUUGCUCUUUCCCUUAAGGUUUUUGUUGGCCAUCCCUUUUUAUCUUUAUGGUUCCUCUAAAAGGACCUCUAGUGUCUCAGUAGAACUCCAGCCCUCCCAUGUGCAUGCCUCUAGGAGAUCAAAUACUCCCAGGGACCAUGUUGUCCAGCGUGCAACUGACAGAAGGCGUGGUGUUGUUGAGGAUCUUCACCUAGCAAUUGAGAUCUUCAUAGAAACAGUUUUUGAGUUUUUUCACAAGGCUGCUCACUGUGUAUUCUCACCAUUAGACACUUUAAGAAAAGUGAUCAAAUGGUUUUCUUCUAAUAGCACUGAUCAUGGGAAAAUUCCUAAUGAUGGUGUUGCUGUGUCUGUUGCCACCAAUACUCUAUCUGACAAUGAUCCAACUCCUGGAGAACGGAAGACUAGCUUUUAUCAUUCCCUUAAUACAGAUGCUCGGACAUGUAAAGAUGUCAUAACAGAACUUGGGUAUCCUUAUGAAGCGCUUCGUGUGGUUACUGCUGAUGGAUAUGUUCUUGUGUUGGAAAGAAUACCCAGACGUGAUGCUCGAAAGGUUGCUUACCUACAACAUGGAAUAUUGGAUUCAUCCAUGGGCUGGAUAGCAAAUGGAGUGGUUGGUUCUCCUGCAUUUGCUGCCUAUGACCAAGGGUAUGAUGUUUUCCUUGGGAACUAUCGUGGAUUGGUUUCCAGGGAGCAUGUGAACAAGAAUAUAUCUUCACGCCAGUACUGGAAUUAUUCUAUUAAUGAGCAUGGGACACAGGACAUUCCUGCAAUGAUUGAGAAGAUCCAUGAAAUCAAGGUUUCAGAAUUGAAAUCUGAGCAACCAGAAUUGGAGGAAGAGACCAAUAAUGAUCAACCUUACAAACUUUGUGCCAUCUGCCAUAGUUUGGGUGGAGCUGGCAUCCUAAUGUAUGUCAUAACACGAAGGAUUGAAAGAAAGCCUCACAGACUGUCGAGAUUGAUCUUGCUGUCACCUGCUGGCUUCCAUCAUGAUUCCAACUCUGUUUUCACGUUUAUGGAGUACUUAUUUCUUGUGCUAGCCCCCAUUCUCAAACCUCUUAUACCGGCUUUCUAUAUACCUACAAAGUUCUUUCGCAUGAUGCUGAAUAAGUUGGCGCGGGAUUUUCAUAAUUUACCCGCAGUUGGAGGUCUUGUCCAAACCCUAGUUAGUUAUGUGGUUGGCGGGGACAGUUCUAACUGGGUUGGUGUUUUAGGGCUACCACACUAUAAUAUGAAUGACAUGCCUGGUGUCUCAUUUUCUGUUGCUCAUCAUCUUGCCCAGAUUAAGCAUUUGAAGAAGUUUGCGAUGUUUGAUUAUGGGAGUGCAGCUGAAAACAUGCGAGUAUAUGGCACUCCGAAGCCGUUGGAUUUAGGGGAGCACUAUAACCUUAUUGAUAUUCCUGUAGAUCUCGUUGCUGGUCGGAAGGACAAGGUCAUCCGACCAUCCAUGAUCAAGAAACAUUAUAAAGUGUUGAAAGAUGAAGGUGUGGAGGUAUCAUAUAAUGAGUUCGAGUAUGCACAUUUGGAUUUCACGUUCUCUCACCGUGAAGAACUGUUGGCUUAUGUGAUGUCUCGUUUAAUGUUAGUGGAUUCGGCACCAAAGCAGCAAUCUCCUCCAAAACCCUUGAAGCUCAAAAAAAGCCAAAAGGUGUACAGCAACUGAUUAAUACUGCAGCAGAUGCCUGGAAAUCACCUCGAGUUUUUUGUUAGGGUGCUUCUGGUUGUUUGUCGUUCAUCGUGUAUCUGUAUACCUGUACUACUACUUGUUCAUGCACAAGUGGAGAUCUGUUCCCCAUGAAUCUGUAAUUUGUGUCACUACGUAUGGCCUGUUAAGUUCCUUUGUAUUUUUGGGUCUAGGUUUGUUUGUCAAAGUUGUAGUAGAACUGUUGUUUUUUGUUUAGGGCGAGAUUUGCCAAUGUGUAUAUAUAUAUAUAUAUAUAUUCUGUAGUCUCUUAUUACUCUUUUUAGGAAUCUCAUCUUCGGAACCUUGUAUAUUUGGUUAAAAUGCUUUUGAAAAGUUGAACAAGUACCUGAAACUGCAACUUGCUUUCUCAGGGUUAUGAAUA